UGGGGAUGUUGAGCCAAGCUGUCCCGCUUGUACUCUUCCUGCUCUUCAAGGGGCAUCAGGGCCAAGAGUGCCCAGAUUCGACUGAAGAUGUGGCUGGCGUCUCAGGAAGCUCUCUCUGCCUACGGCCUUACGAUGUAUGGAUAAAGUAUGAUUCUUUUCAAUGGAAGAAACGCCUGGAGUCAGGAUCUUAUGAACUCCUGACUGGGUACAAUUUUAAAGGGCAGAAAUGUCCAUAUUUUGACGUGAAUAAUUCCAACAACACAUUUUCUCUGAACAAUGAGACUUUAACUUUUCUCAUCAAGUCAGCUAAGCCUCAAGACAGUGGUCAUUACUUUCUGGAGGUCACCAAUAGUAAUGGACAAGUUUGCACCAAGCACUUCAUGGUUCUUGUACUGGAUCAUGUUGAGAAGCCCCAUCUGCAGGUGCAGUGGAAGACCCUGGAUGAUGGGAUGUGCGAAGUGUCUCUAUACUGCUUGGUGUACGGGGAUGACAACGUGAGCUAUGCUUUGUACAGAGGGAGCACGAAGAUCUCAACGGAGAAGAACUUUACCCACCAGGAGAAUCAGACUGAUGUCAGUGGCCUGCUUACAUAUACAUGCAAUGUUAGCAACCAUGUCAGCUGGGAAAGCCACACCCUCAACUUCACUCAGGGCUGUCUGAGUGUUCCCCUGAAAUCUGGAUUUCUGCCCUUAUUGGUGGUCAUCAUUAUUCUGGUUGCACUAUUUCUUGGUGUUCUCAUUUGCUGUUAUGUGUGGGAUAAGAGGAGGCAGUCACAGUCCAACCCCGAGGAGUUUCUGACAGUAUAUGAAGAUGUCAAGGACCAAGUCAGAAGGAAUCAACCAGGACCUUCUACAAGCUUGAGGUCUCUUUCAGCUGGCCUGGAAGAUGACAGGGAACAAAGAAGACUGGAUGGGUGUCUCAUCGAGGAGCAGAAACCUCCUGGAGAAGGGACAACCAUCUACUCCAUGAUCCAGUGCCAGCCUUCUGCUUCUACCCCACAGGAAACUACAAGUACAUUAUACUCAGUAAUCCAGCCUUUCAAGAAGUCUGGAUCGAAGAAGAACCAUAGCCCUUCCUUUAAUUGCACUGUGUAUGAAGAGGUUGGAAAGAGAUACUCCAAAGCCUACAACCCUGCCCGAUUAAGCCGCAAAGAGUUGGAGAAUUUUGAUAUCUAUCCCUAGUUGUUGGAGCUGUUCUUGCCUCACUUACACAAGAAGACAUCUCUUAGAAGCCACAGGCUAUUUAAGCUCAAGUCCCAAUGAGUGAUCCCCAUGACACAACCUGGAGGGAGAUUGUUGAGUGCUGAAGAUGAGGCAGUUGGGAGCCAGGUGCUGUGAUAGGUUCCCUGAAUCUUCAGGCCAGCUCCUUCAGUAAGGCCAUGAGAACAUGCUUGAGACUCUGGAUGAACACAGGAAAGCAACAAGUGUGAAUUGAGUAAGGACUUACUCAGAAACCCCAAUAGGUGAUACUUCUCAGAGUCUGAUUCUACAAGAGUUCCACUCUGCACUUAACAUAGGAAUUUAACAUGAAAAGUGGUAUCACACAGAGGCAGUGUAAAUUCUUUGCCUGAAUUAAAUUUAUGAACCUUUUCCAUGUUGAGCAUCUGUGGGCCAUUCAUUAAUACAUGUCUGUUUAAAUUUUGCUGGAAAUGGGUUUGACUUUCUGGUGAGCUGUCAGGCCUGUUCACUCUGACAGCACAGAAACAGAAACCUGGGUGUGCCCACUCAGCCUCAUGAAGGAUAGCCAAGGCAUGAACUCACUUGCACCUUGCCUGAUCCCUCUUCCUUGUAUGCACCGACUGGGCUAGCUUCCACCUAGUCAGAAGCACAGACAGAGCACAUCUUAAAGCAAGUGCCAAGGAAGGAAUAUGUUAUACAAGGGAGUCUGGGGUCUUGAGGUGGGAGUUGGGUGUUGAGUUACAGAGCCAGAGUUUAGUAAGCAGAGGCAGUAAGAAUCGAAGGAGCAAAAACAGUCCAGAUGAAAACCAAAGGCACUACCGUUUAAAAAAAUAUGACAUAUGUGUAUGGGUGUGCAUGUAGAUGGAGCAUGUGUGCCACAGCAUUCACGUACAAGUCAGAGGACAACUUUGCAGAGUUGGUUCUCUCCUUUGACCUUUCUAGGGGUCAGAUUCAGUUCUCCAGACUGUAUAGCAAGGAUCUCCAUGCUGAACCAUCUCACUGCACUGCCACUGUUUUUCUGCUGGCCUUUGGAGUGUCACAAGCUAUGCAGAUCUUGAAUUGGCUAGAUGUGUUUAAGGACCAGGCUUUGGGGGAUGCUGUGUUUUGGAGUAUACAAUAUCACAUUAUUGUAUAUCUAUCUGACUGUCAAGCUUUUGUAGUAAUGCUUCAUAAGGACAAUGUCCAUGCAAUGAACGAAUGCCUAGUUAGUAAUUAAGUUCCUGCGGAGUGUGAAGUCCUGUCUGAGCCCCUGGGAGCACCCGUGCACCACUGCAGGGCACCGCUACAUGGAUCCAGACCCAAGUGCGGGAGAGCAGAAGCACAACAUUAAAGAACAGGGGGCUGCAAGGUGCACAUGACACGAAUGUGUACUACAGUAACAUGAAUGUAAGCCACGCAGAGUUCAUCUUACAGACAGCCAAAAAUUGGAGGACAGGAGAGGUUCUAUAUGGCUGUUCCUUAACCAGACUGACAGUAAAGAGGAAGCACUUGGGUAAAUAUGAGUGUCUUAUAUGAAAGAGGCAUUUUAAGCACCUUUUUUGGAGACAGGAUCAUACUAUGUAGUACAGGAUGGCCUUAAACUUGUGAUCCUCCUGCCUCAGCUCAUCCUGUAUAGAGGUUACAAAUAUGUACCACUAUGCCUGGUUUAAGCAUUUUAAACAACUAUCAAAUCAGGUGCUGGGGAGAUGGCUCCAUUGAUAAAGUAUCUGCCACACAAGAAUGAAGUUUGGAUCCCCACCACCUACGUAAAAAGUUGGGUGUGUCAGUGUACAUCUGUAAUCUCAGUGCUUGGAGAGGAAGAGGAGAGAGGGAGAAGACAGGUAGAUUCCUGGAUUUCAUUGCCAGUCAGUUUAGUCAGAUAGGUGAGCCUCAGGUUCAGUGGAGUGAGAAACCUUUCCAUCAAAAAAAUAAGGUGGAAAGCAAUCAAGGAAUGUACCUAACGUUGACAUCUGGCCUCCAUAAACA